AUGUUACCCCUGACGGAAAGAUCCAGCCCAAACCAAACGGCGAUCCUCUCUCACACGGAGUUCCUUCUCUACGGGUUUCCCGGAGUCUCGGUAUCCAGAUCCCUCCUGCUCAUCCCGUUCCUCUCCAUAUACCUGGUGAUCCUGGCGGGUAACGGCCUCAUCAUGCACCGGAUCUGGGCGGAGAAGACCCUCCACUCCCCGAUGUACUCGCUCAUCUUUCUCCUCUUCGCCGUCAACGUCUCCUGCACCUCCGCCAUCGUCCCCAAACUCCUGCUGGGCCUGGCGUUCGGCCUCAAUCACAUCUCCCUGGAUGGCUGCCUUCUGCAGAUGUUCGUUAUCUAUUUAGUAGUAACGUUCGAGUCUGCGCUGGUGCUCCUAAUGGCUCUGGACAGGUACGUGGCAAUCUGCAGGCCUCUGCACUAUCACUUAGUCAUGACUAAUAACCUUCUGGUCCUCUUGACCUUCGUAGGCUUGGCUCGCAGCGUCCUCCUUAUCUCUCCGAUCGUUAUAUUAAUUUCGAGGGUCCCUUUUUGCAAUUCUAACGUCAUUUCCAGCAUCGCUUGUGAAAAUAUGGCGCUGCUGAGCAUUGGGUGCGGAAACAUCUCCAGGAUCAACCUUAUCGGGCUGCUGGUGAGGAUCCUUGUCUCCAUCGUUGAUGGAAGCCUUCUCCUGGUCUCCUACGUGAUCAUCCUGAGCACGGCUCUGAAGGCUGCGAGAGGACAGGCGAUUCACAAAGCCCUGCACACCUGCUGCACUCACAUGCUGGUGGCUUUCCUCAUUUAUUUGUGUGGGUUAUUAACCUCCGUGGUGUACAGGCUGGACGCCUCCAUUUCUGUUAACGUGCAGAACCUCGUCAGUGCCAUAUAUUAUCUUUUUCCGGCUGCCGUGAAUCCCGUCAUAUACGGCCUACGAGUAAAAGAGAUCCGCGUGUGUUUAAAGAAAACGUUCCGAGUGAAGAAUACGGACCAUGAAGUGGUUUCCAAAAGAACAAUCGUUCGGAUCUCCAGACCAGGUGAAAGUCCAAUAAACUGACCCGGAUAUCGGUAACUCGCCAGCUGAGUAACAUGGAGUCCUCCAUGGGUCACGGGGGGGACUUGGA